AUGAUACUCACAUCGAUCCUGGCAGCUCUAGCUGCUUCGCUUGGGGCUACGAAUGCGCUUGAGAUCAAUGUCGACGACCCGGUCUCUGUUCGCGACACUUCGCGCUCCAUCGCAUACGGCCUUCAGUCAUACUACCAGAACAACCAAAGCGGCACGGCACCAACUGCAAUAGGAACACUUCCUGCACCACUCUACUGGUGGCAAGCCGGUGCUUUGUGGGGAGGCAUGGUCGACUACUGGGCGUACACGAAUGACACAAGCUACGUCAAUGUCACCACCCAAGCACUACUCGCGCAAGUUGGCCCAGACUGGGACUACAUGCCUCCAGCCUACUACACUUCUCUCGGCAACGAUGAUCAGGCGUUUUGGGCCCUUGCGGUUCUCUCAGCUGAAGAACAUGGCUUUCCCUUCCCUCCUGGACAACGAGUGUCGAGCUGGAUCGAUCUCGCGGUCGCUGUCUGGAACACCCAAGUCGCUCGCUGGAACACUGAAAAGUGCGGAGGAGGUCUAAAAUGGCAGAUCUUCGAAUCCAACAAGGGCUUCAACUACCGCAACUCGAUCAGCAAUGGUGCCUUCCUUCAGAUCUCCGCUCGCCUUGCUCGGUUCACCGGUAAUCAGACAUAUGCAGAUUGGGCAGAGAAGACCUGGGGCUGGAUGGACAGCAUCGGCCUCAUUUCAUCCACAUACCAAGUCUUCGACGGCUCUGACGACCUCAUCAACUGCACCGAACUCGACCACACGCAAUGGUCCUACAACCCAGCCAUGCUUCUCUACGGCACUGCCAUGAUGGCUAACUUCACCAAUGAGCAAGUGUGGAAAGACCGAACCGAAGGACUCCUGACCUCGAUCGAAAACACUUUCUUCCUCCCAACCGACGACAUCGACAACUCAACCGACGUCAUGUACGAAGCAGCCUGUGAGCCCUACGGAACCUGCAAUAACGAUCAGUUCUCCUUCAAAGCUUAUCUCUCGCGCUGGCUCGCCAAAUCCGCCGUCGUCUAUCCCAGCAUCACAGAUAGUAUCGCCAAGCGCUUGCGAGCUUCCGCCAUCGCCGCAGCUCAAGCCUGCUCUGGUGCACCUGGGACUUCGACUUGCGGUCAGAAGUGGUACACAGGAGGUUUCGAUGGCUCUGCAGGUGUCGGCCAGUCUAUGUCUGCACUCGAAACUGUCCAAUCUCUUCUUCUCUUGAACGAAACCUGGGGUUUGACGAUCGCGAAUCGUGUACCGUUGACGGGACCGAACGUGACGAUUGAAGUUGUGCCUGUGACGAGUACUUUCCCAUUGGAUCCUCCUUCAGAGACGACGAAUGCUGGUGUUACCAGCAAUGGCGACGAAGGUCAAGGCGGUCUGCCAGCGAGAUCUGAGGGGACGAGAGCGAAGGUACAUGUUCCGUUUUGGCCCAAGCGCUUUGCUUCACGACACCUUGGAAGGCGGAGUCACCGGAAGGGCUUUUGA